AUGCCGCAGGAUAUGCCGCCGCCAGGCGGCUAUGAAGCCGUCCAGUACAAGCGCAACCUCCCUUCGCGCGGCCUUUUCCGCCCCCGUCCCCUUCUCGCCGGUGCCGCUGUCCUGAUGCUCUAUGGCUGGUACAAGCUCGUCAAGGGCAUUCGCGAGCAGAAUGAGCUCGCCCGUGAGAAGAUGUGGGCCCGCAUUCACCUCAUCCCCCUGCUCCAGGCUGAGGAGGAUCGCGACCACGUCCGUCGCUACCUUGCCGAUCAAGCAAGAGAAAAGGGGUUGCUGGGUGAGAAUAUCAAGGUUUAUAACUCGGAUCGCUACGUCCGGCCUACUUUCGCGGUUACCCCGUCGAAGCCUGCGCAGGAAUAA